UUUAACUGAAAGGACACUUUGUGGAUUAGCUAAGAAUUUACUCACUUGUUUGUUUACACUUUUACACAAAGAAAAGAAGAUAAGGCCGGAGCCAGAAAUUUGCAAUGUACAAGAGAUUAUUUGGGCUAUGUUUGUUGUUGGUCGUCCUCCUCGCUUCUCGGGAAGUGAAGCAAGCAGAAGGCAGGAUAUGCCAAUCAAGAAGCCACUACUUCAAGGGAGCCUGCAAACGUGACCGUAACUGUGCGUAUGUUUGCCGCAACGAAGGUUUCUCCGGUGGCCAGUGCCACGGUUACUUCCACCGCCGCAGCUGCUACUGUACUAAGCUUUGCUAGGGAGCAUUAUAUUGCUUAAUUAGUCAUGCGCGCUAUUUGAUUUACAAAUCUCUAGUUACUUCAUGGUUGGUCUGUUGAUGAAAAUUAUGGCGAUAUUGCAACAAUGUUUUCAACUUCGUCUGCAAUCGAUUUGAACGAGAUCGAAAAUCACCUCUAGAUAAACAGACCGUUUAAUGCUUGUGUCAAACAACAAUAUUGAAGAGAUUAUGUAGAAUUCUCAAAUUUCAUUCCUUCUUUUAUAUAUAUUUUUUUUAACAUAAGCUUAAUUUUUAGACAAACUAUAUGUACGGUGCUGCUUUUUAUCAAAACUUGUCCAUUUGUAUGUUUGGAUUUUGUAAUGUAAGGUUUCUAUUGAAAAGCAAGAUCAUUAGUUUUGCCUUGA